ACAGUUUACAUUUUAAGUUAAGAUGGCGAGUGUGCGAGACAACACAUCACUGUGGCUGCAUAAUAAACUCGGAACUUCAAAUGAUUCUUGGAUUAGUGGCUCAAUAUGUUCACAAUUGAACAAGGAAGUGUUGCGCAAUAUCAAGGAGUGCUUUCCCGAUCUCCAGACACAAGUGAAACUUAAGUUAUUGCUAAGUUUUUUCCAUAUUCCGCGUCGACUUGUGGAAGAGUGGAAAACCGAGUUAGAAGAAGUCAUAGAAGUUGCUGGUCUCGACUCGGAACUAUGGGUGUCUAUGCUGGCCGAAAGUAUGAAGACAUUUCCAGCGACCAGCUCGCUCAAUACCGAGAUCUCGGACUACGAAGACACACGCCCCAUUUUCACAGACAUGGUCAAUGAUUUGCGCAAAUUAGUUGCCAAACACAGUGACUUGGGUAUGUUGCCGCUGGAAUGUCAAUAUCUGAAUAAGAAUGCAUUAGUAUCAGUGGUUGGUCAGCAACCCAAUCCUGUCAAGCAUUUCACAAUCAAACGCAAACCAAAAAGUGCCGCUUUAAGAACUGAGCUUCUUCACAAAUCUGCAGAUGCCCAGUCAUCAUUGAAGAAAACCUCAGCGCCCACAAUACCGCUGAGGUCACGCGGUAUGCCGCGUAAAAUGACAGACACAACACCCCUGAAGGGUAUACCGUCACGGGUACCGACAUCGGGCUUUCGUAGUCCCAGUAUUAAUGCAACCAAUGCACAGCGUCCCAACAUGAGUCGAACGCCAGCUGGUCGCAAAGAUGGUGGCAUUAAAUUAAUUGAAUUGUCCGAACAACCGCUGGGCUAUGCAGCGGCUAAGAAACGUAAACGUGAACAACAGUUAGAGGAGCAGCAACGCAAACAGGAGCAAAAGGCGGCUGCCGCAGCAGCUGCUGCUCUAUCUGCAACAGAUAGUAGCACAUCACCCUCAAACAAUAACACCGCGAAUCUUAGUGGUCCAGCCGGAAACAAGGAACCCAACACACCAACAACACCCACAUCGGCAAAUAACAGUUUUGAAAUUAAAACAGAAACAAAUCUUCUCAAUCAGAGUCAAAGCAGCAGUGCCGAUGAAGGUGGUCACACAUCAGACUCUAAAGAGGAUAUAAAACCGGAUAUUGGUCAGAACAUUGUAACAAAGACGGAGCCUACAAACACACCCACGCCAGAAUAUGCUCCGCCGUCCUUAAGUUAUAACCAAAAUGCCUCGUCGGGUAUUUUGGAUAGUGCUAAUGCGGCCAUAAAGAUUGAAGACUCCAAGCCGAGUACACAUAAGCUUAUGGAUUAUAUAAUUCAACAGCCGUCAUAUUCGGAUAAAUCGGGAAUGCAGCACCAGCAGCAGCAGCAGCAACAACAGCAGCAUCCGCAACAAUCCCCUCAGCCACACCAACAACAACAUCAAGCCAAUAGCCAGCAUGCCAGUAGCAAUAAGAACAAUAACUUGAAUCAUGCUCACAAACGUAUAAAACAGGAAAUAAAAAUUGAAAGUGAGGAGAUUAUUGUGCCGGCCAAUAUCAAGGUUGAAAAGAUAGAUCCACCACCGCUAACACAGCAAACCACAUCAAACACAUUGGGUGUCCAACGUUCACAGCAACAACAACAUACCCAACAAAGGGUUAUUAUCCAGCAACAAACAUCAUUGCCCACGCUGCAGCAGGUUCAGCAGACAUCAGCUACGACUCAGCAACAACAGCCAACACAACAUGUCAUUAUUCGCACGUCUCCGCAGCAGCAGAAACAGACGUUGACUGUCCGACAGCAAAAUACCCCCACAACGCCAAUCAAAAUGGAAAAAUUGGAAAUAAAGCCUUUGGUACGCAACACGGCUCAGACGGGUACGAUUAUAACACAACAACAGCCGGUACGGCCAAUUGGAAAUGCAGCGUCCACUGCAGCAAGUCACAAUAAUCCCUUGGCCAAUCUGCCAAACAAUAUUUCGGUAAAGAUAACAUCAACCAAGACCGGCAAGGUGACACAAUCCAGCCAACCGCAAUCACAGCAGCAGCCAAUUCUGAUUAACAGCUCUACACCGGUAAUAUUGGCCUCAACACCAUCUCAAACGGCAGCAAUGCGCCAGAAACAAUUGGCUUCUGCCACGGCAACCACCCAAAAUGCCACACCACAGACAGCUCAGGCGAUUAAAUCGAUGCAGCUGAGUCAGUUGAAGAAUGCCACUAACAGUGGUCCCGUUAUAAUAUCACAAACCAUUAUUCAACCCGCGAAGAGGGCUCAGCAACAACAGCAGCAGCAGAGUAAUCAGCAGCAACAACAGACACAACAAACUCAACUAAUCCAACAACAACAGCAGCAGCAACAAUCGACAACCACAACACAGUAUAUUCUAACACAACAGCAACCACAGCAGCAGUCGCAGCAACAACAACAGACCCUACCCACUUUAACAACAUUUACAACACCUCAGCGUCAACAGCAGACAUCAUACCAAACCACACCAUCCACACCACAAACGCCCACAUCCGCCAAGAUUCUUCUGAAGACGUCGCCCACAUCGUCUGUAGUUAUUCGCCAACAAACACAACCAACCGCUACCCAGCAGAUUGUAACCGGUGGUGCGGGUAAUCCUCCUCCCCUAAUAGCUUCCUCGUCGUCGCCAUCUACGGCAACGUCUACGCAGCCAACGCUUUUGAAUAUACAAAAUGUCCAAUUGCCGAAUCGUCCUGUGACCAUACAACCCGCAUCACACGCUGCCCAACAACAACACAUGCAGGCACAGCUGCAACAGCAACAACAUACGCUGGUCUCCAAUAACACCGCCACACAGCAACCAAAAUUAACACAAGUUCUCAUGCAACCUGGCGGGAAUGCAACAACUGUCGGUGGUCAGGCUUCUGUGGCAGGUAAUGCCAAUGUUAAGAAUAAGACCAUUAUUCUCACCCAAAAGGGUGUUAUACUUCGGAACAUUGGCGGCGAUAUGUAUCAGCAGAUUCCCAUUAGUAAUGUAAGUGGUUUGCAAACGCUCGGCUCUGGUGCCACUACGCUUAUGACAACAGCGGCUGGUCCGCCUGGUCUUGUGAAGACGACAUCGGCAACCACAACUCUGCAACAGCAACAACCUCAAACAAUAACACUGCAACAGCAGCAGCCACAAUCGCAGCAAAGCACACAGACCACACAAAAGUUGACGACAUUAAUACCAACCCAACAGCAUAUGAUCGUGCAGCAGCAACCCCAGGCAACAACAAGUCUAAUACAAACAAAUCAACCUUCGCAACAAACCAUCAUCAGACCGGUAAUGACAAAUGUUCAAAGUGGUGGUCUUACAACGACCCUGCCCGCUGGUUUGACGCUCAUUCAGAGACCAGGCCAACAACCUCAACUGGUCCAGGUACAAACUACCCCGGUCCAGGCAUCACAGCAGCCGACAACUCAGAUCCAACGUACCAUCAUAACGCAACCGGCCCUGCAACAACACCAACAGACAACUCAACUGCGUCCCCAGCAAAUUGUGUUACAACAGAAACCCGCAACCACCCAACAACGGUUAAUAACCACCACUACUACGGGAGGAAUGACGGGGGCCACAACGGGUGGUACACAGCAAAUUCAAUUGCAACAAACAAACACGGGUGGCAUACAACGCACCCAUAUUAUCCAAAUGCCACAGCAGCAACAACAACAGCAGCAGCAACAGCAAGCAGCGCCACAGCGUAAAGGGUUAUCACUGUCGAAUGAACAUGUUCACAAGGCCCAUGAAAUGUUUCGUAAAGCGAACCGUGUUUCACGCCCUGAUAAGGCUUUGAUUCUUGGCUUCAUGGCUGGCCUGCGUGAAAAUCCAAAACCGAAUUCAGAAAAUGUGAUUGUUAUUAAAUUGGGAGAAACAGAGGAGAAAGUCCAGCAAGAAGAUGGCCAGACGGCCCUUUGUUUGGUGGAGUCUCAUAUACGCUUAGAUUACAAUACGGGCGAGUGGAAAACAUUCCAGAAUUACAGACGUCUCGAUCAGACGAAUCAGAGUUCAAGCGAUGGCGGCGGUGGUAAUGUUAUGCAAACACAAAACUCUGUGGUGAUAUAAUGAAUAAGGCCCGCAGGAACAACGACGGGCCCCACAACAUCAAAACGUUCGAAAAAAUAGAAAGAAAACAAAACAAAAAAAUACAAAAAGGGAAAGAAUCGCAAUAGCUUAAAGUAAAUAAGAAAAAAAAAAAUGUAAUACAACAACAUUCAAUCCACACACCGUAUAGGGAAAGCUUAGUGAAACGCUUUAAAGUAACGUUUGAAACAUUAAAUACGUUUCUCUCAUCAUCAUCAUAAUCAUAAAUAAUUAUCAUCAUCAUGAACCACAUGCUGGAAUUCAAAUGAAACUCCUAAAUGUUGCUGUCUCUAAGAUACCCGAAUUAGCUGAAUAGAAUUUAUAUACACAUACAAUACAAACAUACAAACAAUAAUAACAAUAAGAUUUCGCCGAUAAUUUCCCAUUUUUUGGUAAGUACGUACUAGGAUCCAAGUUUGUUGCAUUUUUUGAUCUUAUGUUCCCCAACUCCCACCCUUGAACACUUGAUAGAGUUGUUUUGGUUUUCACACAGAACACAAGCUAGUUCCUGCAAAAGGACUAGCGACACAACACCACUUCUUUCCCAUCCUUCAUACACUUUCAUUCAAAUAAAUACACUUACAUUAAACCUAUCUAUACAUACACACAUAUAUAUUAAACAAAUAGAACUAAAACAAAAGAACAUACAUAUAUGUAAAACGUUCAUUAUUAAAUUAGUUGUACAAACAUUUAAAUCAGACCCGGUAGUUUAUUAAUAUUAAAUGCUUAGAUUUAUUAUUAAUAAAUAAAUAAA